UGCUAUGCAAAUACUGGAGGUGUGUCAGCUGUGGCGCUAUAAACAAGCAUACCAUGUCAUGAACAGAAGUAUUAUCAGUCAUCUUUCUACAGUGACAACAGUGAAGAGAAAUAUGGAUUCAUUUCCACCAGGUCCUGAUUUGAGGAUUGUGAUGAUUGGAAAAACUGGUGUGGGCAAAAGUACUGUUGGAAACACCAUCAUGGGAGAGAAAUGUUUUAUAUCUCGUCCAACUUCAGAAUCAGUGACUAGGUCUUGUCAAAAAGGUGUGACACAAUGGGGUAACAGAGUAGUUAGUGUGGUAGACACACCAGGGAUCCUGGACACUAAAGUAACUGAGGACUUCAUCCAAAAAGAAAUUGUGCGAUGUGUCGAAGUCUCCUGUCCAGGUCCUCAUGUUUUCUUGCUGGUUAUCCAAGUAGGUCGAUUCACACGAGAAGAGAAAAACUCAGUGGAAGCCCUGCAGGAGCUGUUUGGCCCACAAGCUAACAAGUACAUGAUUGUGCUGUUCACCCGUGGUGGUGAUCUUGGAGGCAUGACCAUACAGGAGUACGUACGUGAAGGCAGUGCAGAUCUUCGCCGAGUCAUUCAAAGCUGUGGAAACAGGUUCCACGUCUUUGACAACACCAGCAGUGAUAAGAACCAGGUGGUGGAGCUGAUCAAGAAGAUUGAUGGCAUGAUGGCAAGAAAUGGCGGAAGAUACUACACAGAUGCCAUGUAUAGGGAGGUGGAGGCUGCACAAAGAAGGGGUCCCUUAGGAAAAUUCUUAUAUGGAUUUAUUGGUGGAUUGAUGCAACGUAUUAGAAAAUUUAUUGAAAUCCUUGGGAAAGAUUAAAUAAACACGUUUUCAUUGUGUUUCGGGCAGUGAAUCCUUAUUUAACCAUGUGUCAAAAUAUAGCAUAUAUUUGUUUGUCAGUGUUUCUUGUGGUGCUGAUAAAAUGAGUGUAUAAGCAUAGAUUACAAUAACAUGCUGUGUUUCUUAUCUCUUUUAUAUAAGGCUUUUAUGUUAAUUA